AUGUUCGCCUCCGCCGCCCGCCGCUCCCUCACGGGCCUCAUCCCCCCCAAGAUCGCCACCCCUGGCGCCGUCGUGCGUGUCGGCUCGUCGGGCACCACCUCGGCCCGCACCCAGGCCGUCAUCGACUUCUACUCCAAGCUCCCCAAGGGCCCCGCUACCGAGGUCUCGGGCGGCAUCCGCGGCCGCUACUUUGAGGGCAAGAACGCCUCGGGCAAGCCCAUCCUUGCCACCAUUGGUGCUCUCUUCCUCAUCGGCUACACCAUCGACUACCAGAUGCACCUCAAGCACCACAAGAACGGUGCCCACUAAGCGCAUUAGAGAGUAUGCUGAGCGCGGGAUGCAUUAAGAUGGAAACGG